AUGUCCAGUUCCUCCUCCAGUCGCUCGCCGAAUGCGCCCGCCCUAGCUUCCUCCAGCCGCACUCCGCCGAACGACGACGAGUCCGACGAUGGACUUGACCUUCACAACGACGAGCUGCUGGCCAAGGAUCCGCUGCACGGCCUAGACGAUGGCCUAUCGUUCAAGCGAAAGCAUAAGGCUGAACAGCCAUCGCUAGCAUCGCGCUUCCUGCCUGCCUCGUUCAACAGCACUCCAAGAGCGACACCCUCACCAAGGCCGAAUGGCAGCUCACCUCGACCACGAGGUCGCGCCGGCUUCAGUCUGCAACCCACACCGAACACCGUCUUGAAUUGCCUGAAUGCGCCAACCGACGCCGGACUCAACAGCGAAGGCGCGAAAGAUCCGGCCACUCUGGACUGGUACGUGGAAGGUCCGGGUAGACGAGUGGGCUACGACGAUCUCACUGCUAUCGAUUGGAUCUAUGAGUACGGGAAAGAACGCACGCGAAUACGACAGUUGGCUACGAAUGCAUCUGGGCUAUUCGCUCAGCUCCGCAUUGUAGUAGAUGCAAGCCAGAUCUGGUGGAUUCUGGUCGCAACAGGCAUAGCAGUGGGCUGUAUAGCUGCAUUCAUCGAUGUGACCAGCGACUGGCUGGGCGAUCUGAAGCAGGGUGUCUGCAGUAAUGUCGAGAAUGGAGGCAAGUUCUACCUGAACAAGGUCUUCUGCUGCUGGCAGAUCAACAGCUAUUCGGAAUGUGCCGAUUGGAACACCUGGAGCGCACACAUGGGCAUUACGAACAAGGGCGGCAGCUACAUUGUCGAGUACAUCCUGUUCGUCGUCUUCUCCGUCUUGUUCGCUAGCUGUGCGAGCUUGCUGGUCAACAAGUACUCCAUCUAUGCAAAGCAGAGUGGCAUUCCGGAAAUCAAGACAGUCCUUGGAGGCUUCGUCAUUCAGCGCUUCCUGGGACCUUGGACACUCCUCGUCAAAUCGCUUGGUCUGUGUCUCGCAGUGGCAUCCGGUAUGUGGCUCGGCAAGGAAGGCCCGCUGGUGCACGUUGCGUGUUGCUGCGCUGCUAUCUUCAUGAAGCUGUUCGAGCCCAUCAAUAGCAACGAAGCUCGAAAGAGAGAAGUGCUGGCGGCAGCUGCAGCGAGUGGCAUUUCCGUCGCCUUCGGUGCUCCUCUCGGUGGUGUGCUGUUCUCGCUUGAAGCACUGUCCUACUAUUUUCCAGACAAGACUAUGUGGGCAUCUUUCGUCUGCGCAAUGGUCGCAGCUGUCACCUUGCAAGCAUUCGACCCCUUCAGGACGGGCCAGCUUGUCUUGUUCCAGGUGACCUACCACAGCGGCUGGCAUGCCUUUGAACUCGUCCCUUUCGCUGUCAUCGGCAUACUUGGAGGUCUUUACGGCGGUCUGUUCAUCCAACUCAAUAUGCGCGUCGCAGCUUGCCGCUCUUCCACCAGGUAUCUGUUUCACAAGCGUCCAGUCUUGGAGGUGGUCGUCGUGGCACUCAUCACGGCCAUCGUCAGCUUUCCGAUCACAUUCGCGCGAGCUCAGUCCAGCGAGCUUGUCGAGUACCUCUUUGCAGAAUGUCGAGACAUUGCAGAUGACUUCCUUGGGCUAUGCAAGUCAGGCGUUGCUAACACCGGCGUCAUCUUCAUACUCCUCACCUCAUCUGCAAUUGGCUUCGUCUUGACGAGCGUCACAUUCGGUCUUCAGAUCCCGGCCGGAAUCUUGCUCCCUUCCAUGACUGUCGGCGCACUCUAUGGGCGUGUGGUCGGCCUCGUCAUGGAAGUCUGGGUACAGAAUCACCCGAAGUGGAUCUUCUUCGCAGCCUGUGAGCCUGACAUACCAUGUGUAACGCCCGGAACCUACGCUGUCAUCGGCGCUGCUUCCGCACUUGCAGGAGCAACGCGAAUGACUGUCUCGAUCGUGGUCAUCAUGUUCGAGCUCACCGGCGCCUUGACCUACGUCCUACCGAUCAUGGUCGCAGUCAUGCUAGCCAAAUGGAUCGCCGACGCAUUUGGCAAACGUGGCAUCUACGAAAGCUGGAUUCACUUCCAGGGCUACCCCUUCCUUGACAACAAAGACGACACACCAGUCCCUGAUGUACCCAUCAAUCAGAUCAUGACUCGCUUCGACGACCUAGUCUGCAUCAUAGCCUCUGGCCACACCAUUGAAAGUCUCCGCGAACUCUUGCAAGAGCAUCGCUUUCGAGGCUUUCCCGUCAUCAGUGAUACCCGCGAAGCUAUCCUGCUAGGCUACAUCUCGAGGACCGAACUGCAGUACGCUCUCGACGCUGCUACGUCGACGGGAAGAUCUCUUCCCACUACGACAGGGUGCUUCUUCCAGCAUCAACCACUAGCCGACCCGACGGUCACGCUUGAUCUCCGACCCUGGAUGGACCAGACGCCUGUGACGCUGAACGCGCGAUCAAGCUUGCAGCUUACGAAUGAGAUGUUCCAGAAGCUGGGUUUGAGAUAUAUUGUGUUCACGCAUCGAGGUACGCUGGCCGGACUUCUCACGAAGAAGGAUCUGUGGUAUGUGCUGAAUGAGGGCGAAGAUGCGAAGCUUGGAUCUGGAGCUGGCGCAUUGAGGGAAGAGGUUGAGGGGAGAGAGGAUGAGGCGGGACUGCUUGGGAGUCACCAUCGUGGGGAUGGCUAUGACCGAGAUGACCGAGAUGACCGAGACGAGAGAGGUGGUGACGGGUAG